AUGGCAACGAAGGAAAGCGACCCAAGCCAAAGUAAUGAGCAGCAGCAGGGCGAGGAUUGCGACCCGAAUAGCGAGUCAUUCGGGCAGAAGUGCAGUCAUAUGGUGAAGAAGCAGAGAACCAAAUUCUACAUUCUUCGCCGUUGCAUAGCGAUGCUCCUUUGUUGGCAUGAGCGUGGGGAGCACUGAGCGCCACACAAAGGCUUCAAGGUGUUGAGACUAAUGAUGAAGAAGCAACUCAAGAAGUUCGUAUUGCUAGGAUUC